AUGAAAAUUUUUGACAAAAUACCAUUAAUACCACAACUUUCCGCUGACGAAACAAGAAUAGAACAUUUUUACGCCCUGAAAGGUGAAUAUAUUCUGAAAGAGUAUAAAGGCAAAGGGUUUAGUAGGUCUAAACCACUACCAGUUGCAAUUAUAGAAAUGCUUGAAGCUGAAAAUAUUGAAAUUCUAAGCCCAAAUUCAAUCAUCGAUGAUGCUGAUAUUAUCGGAAGUUAUGUCAAAUAUCCCACAGAAGGGUGUAUAUUAGAACUUUGUGAACAACGUCCGGGUCUGAAGAAGAAAUAUGUUACUUAUAUUGGAGUCACCGGAAGUAUGUAUCAACCUAUGGAUACUACCGCCAUUCCGUUUGGACAGCGAGAGGCACUUGUAACUCGACUCAAAGGUAUAUUACAAAAUUAUCCAGAAAAGCACUCAGUCUUGAAAGAAAUUCUGCAAAAUGCUGAUGACGCAGGUGCCUCAGAGGUACAUUUUUUGUACGAUAUGCGUCAACAUCAAACUGAAACAAUAUUUAGUGAUAAUUGGAAAGUCCUUCAGGGACCUUCUUUGUGCGUUUUCAAUGAUGCAUGUUUUACCGAGAAUGAUAUGGAAGGAAUACACAAUCUUGGUGUUGGAAGUAAAACCGGGGAUCCAAUGAAGACAGGGCAAUUUGGAAUUGGCUUCAACGCAGUUUAUCACAUUACAGAUGCCCCAGCCUUUAUGUCUAAAGGUGACAGUGCUGCUUUAGGUGGGAUGUAUUGUGUUCUUGAUCCACAUUGUCGAUAUACACCUACUGCAAGAUUUGAUAAUCCAGGUAUGUUAAUGAAACUACAGAAACUCAUAGAAAUAUACCCUGAUGUGUUUAAUACUUUCCUAACUACCACAAAGCUUACACGUGAGCAUGGUACUUGGUUUCGUUUGCCCUUGAGAAAUGCGGAAAUGGCUAGAAGCUCUGAAAUCAGAAAAAUACCCUUUACACAGACUGACAUGGAAAGACUAUUUGUAGAAAUGAGCUGUGACAUUGAAGAAAAUUUGCUCUUUCUACUUAACAUUAAAAAAAUAACUUUAUCGCGUGUAAAUCAGCAAGGAACACAUUUCAUUUUGAACAGAGUAGAACUUUCACAUCCCCUAGAUACACAAAGGAUUCACCUUAAUUUUAAGAAACGUUUUAAAGAAUAUAAUGAUAUGAUUAAGCAAUCUUCCAUUGACCUAAACUCGAUUUACAUCGAGGAGUUUCGAUAUUUUCACAAAAUAAAAAAAAUACAAGAUAAAGAAUCAAUAUGGUUGGCUGUCCAAACAUUAGGUUUUAGCGAACCAAAAAAGAUAGACCCUCGAUUGAAAUCAAGUCUUCAAAAGAAAGAAAUUACUAUUAUACCACGAGGUGGUGUCGCUAUUCGGAUAUGGCCAACAGCAGGCCAUAACGAACUUAAAUCAAAAGCAUUUUGUUUACUACCAUUGGAUAUAGAAACUGGACUAACUGGUCACGUGAAUGGACAUUUUUGUGUUGAUAUGUCAAGAAAUAAGCUGUGGGGUUCUGAUGUAGACUUUGAUAGCAAUGUUCGUGGUAUUUGGAACUUAGAUCUAAUUCGUUUUAACAUAGCUUACGCUUACGCAAGUUGUAUGGAGUACAUGAAAGAAACGUUCUCUCUCAACAUAGAGUCUCAGUAUAAUAUUGGACACUACUUAAAAUACAUUCCAGUUUUCAAUGAGGCAAAACGUUUUUUUUGGAGAGAACUAAUCUACUACCUUUUUCUUCAAUGCAAAACACGAAGACUGGAAAUAUUUCCGAUCUGCCCAUCUAGAUCAUAUGCUAAAUCCUAUUUGUAUGAAGACUUGCAAACAACGAAGUGGGCAAGUCGGCAAAUUAAAGGAGAAAUGCCUGUAUUAAUUGACGAUCUCUCUGACCAAAUAAACUACGAGGACGCUUGUAGUUUUCGAACAACUUGUGUUGAAUUAGGGAUGAAGUUGAGUUGCUCACCAAGGUUGGUGAAAGAUACUUUGAUAAAUGUAUGUACUUUUCAUCAUGCAAAAUAUACCAAUCAGUCUGUUUCUUACCAUAUUUCAACUACACCAACUUGCAUAUGCAUUGAGAGUAUAUCACCGAUUGCCACAUUAGAUUUUUUCAAAUCAUAUAAGCUAAACGUACCAGGAAGAUUUGAAAAAGACAGGUUCAAUACUUUAAAACUAGUUGACCAGAUUAAACAAGUAUUGAAAUAUUGCUCAAGAGAAAAUAAAUGGGACAUAUUUUGUGGUGCGCCUUUGCUGUUAAAUCAGUUGAGUGAUAUUUUAGAAAUUAAAGACAGAAAUGAUCUUAUAUUGACGGAAUUUUGUGAUUUACUUCCGGAGUCUCCAGAAAAAUUCGUACACAAAUCACUUUUAGACAGUUUCAAUAUAUACAGAGACCAUUUUCUUGUUUUGAGUAUAGUCAAAUUUGCAGAACUUUUACCAAAAUCAUUAGAAAUAAGUCAAUAUAAACUUAAUAGACCGCGUCGUCUGGUAGAAAGUGAUUAUCGUCAGUGGUUCAAUGAUUUUUGGACAUAUAUCGAUUCUGAACGUUUGCCUCUUACGGAUCUAGCUCAGUGGUGUUUAUUGCCGGUAACUGUAAUGUCUACGGAGUGGCUCUUCCCCGUUAACAUGUGUCACUUGACAAUUGACAUCAACUCUUUCAUGGUCAACACGAAACUGUAUUCAGUUUUAUCGGCAAUGUCUCUACCUACAUCAUAUAUCAAGUCUAGAGUGUUGUUUGAUCUGCAAGCAAAAUACCAUGAUAUAGAUACAACACUGACAUGUCUCCAUUACUGGCGAAAACGAAUUAAUCCCGAAUCGGAAUUAACGAGCGAACACUGCAUGGUUGUUCUUAUGUACCUCAUUAAAGACAUCUGUAUCGACAACCGAGAAAAAAUUCAGAAAUUAAAAGAUUUGCCUUUGUUUCCAACAUUAGAUAGGGGCAAUAUAUCUGUGACAGGAAAGAGACUUUUAAUAUUUGAUAAUACAAUCAAAGUACCGACAAAUGGAUUGAUAGGUUUGUUUGAUAAUUUAAACAUACUAGUGCUGCAAGAUUUUACAGGUCUUCAUGUUUCAGUUUUAUAUAAACUACUCCAAUGUGAGAUCAUAAAUGCUGGAACUUUGUACGGUAAUUUCAUUCUUAAACAUUUCAAUUACAUAUCAGAGGAGAGGGAUAGAAUUGUUCACUUGGAAUUUAUCAGGGAUAACCUUCUGCAUGACCAACAUUUACGUCCUCUUUUACCCUCAUCAAGCAUGAUUUACAAUGGAAAUAGUUUUCGAAAGGUCAGUGAUUUUUUUGACGGAACAAAUGAUAUAUUUUUAACCAUGUGUACAACAUCUGAAUUUCUACCUCGUCCAUCUAACAACAUAAUCUGGAGAAAUUUCAUGGUCGCUGCUGGUAUGAAAAUUCAGAUGUCUGAGGAUAUCAUUCUCCAAUUUGCGAAAAGAAUUGCAGAUUCAGUGUUACAAAACGAGACAUACUCUCGAAGUGAGGUGAUUGUGAAAGAAUUCCUAAAUUAUGUACAUACUUGUUCAAUGCAUGUUGAUUUUUUAUCUGAAUUGUCCGAAAUAAAAUUUAUAGCAGUAGGGGAAAAUGAAGACCGUUACGAAAAAAUUCAUCCGUCGUACAAAACCAGCCUUAGACUAGUUUCAUACAAAACUGCUAUUUCCAAUCAUUGUCUGAAUAUAGGAUGGACUUCAGCCGACAUCCUACCAAGUUAUGCCAUGCCAUAUAAUAGCAAAAUUGAAAAACAAUUGAAUAUUAGGAUACCUGAUUUUCAAACUGUAGUAAAACAUGCUACAAAUAUAUGCUUGAAGCUAGUUAAGACUUGUGGAGAACAUUAUCAGGAUUUUAUUAGAGACGUUUUGAGCGCUCUAUACGAUUAUUUCUACAAGCAUCUGGAUGAAAUCGAUAAUCUUCACUUCAUUCCUCUUGUGCAUGUUAGAAAAUACAAGACAUUUGUUAGAGCUAACCAGUUAAUCGUAAAUUUGGUAGAAAAUGAUGAGAUUGCUCCUUAUUUGGUUAAAUUGCCAAUUGAAUAUGGAACUUACCAUGAACUAUUUACAAAACUUGGUAUGCGAACUGAUCCAAGUAUAAAUUCGUACUGUAAAGUAUUAGAACAAAUUUACCGUCAUACCGGAGAGAGACAUCUAAGCACUAAAGAAAUUGACCAUACGAAAAAAGCAAUACAGGGACUAAUGAAGUCAUUACAAAAUCUAGAAAGUUCUUUAGCUGACAUUGAAGUUAACGUUUUGUACUUGUUGUCAGAAAAAAAUGUUUUAAUGCAAUCAAAUAAUUUAUAUUAUGACAGCUUAGAAAUUCCUCGAGAAAAUUUGAAAGGAAACGCUUACUUAUGUUUUAUGGCAAAACUAGAUUGUCUCGGCUUAAACGUAGCCGAGUUACCGGAUUUGUUCUCGAUGUUGCCAGAAAAACACCGCCCAAUAUCAAUAAAGUCAAUCCUUACUGAAAAAUUAACAUCGUUUUCUACAAAAGAGAGUCAAACUGUCUUAGAUCUUCAGGAAUGUCUCACAAGUGACACUUUUAUCACAGCUGUUUUUAGAUUUGUUAAACAUGACCAGCAGUUGUUUAAAAAAGAAUUCAGUACAAAUACAAUGAAAACAGUCUUUGCAAGGCUAAGACGUAUACGCCUAAUAUCAGUAUCAGAGUUGAAAAUAUCAUUGGUAGAUGGAAAUGGGCUAGAGUGCUCGACCACAGAAAAAGUGUGCUUCUACUUGGAACCCGAUGAUUUGAUGUAUAUUGAUGACAGAACCUUAAGUACAAAUGAUUGGUUACAAUCUUAUGAUGUUCAACUUGAGGAAGUGAUUCGUACUAUUUGCAAUUAUAAGGUUUUGCGUGGAAGUUUACUAAAAAUUCUUUAUAAUAUGCAUGCUCAAUUACAUAUGAUUCAAGACAGAUUGACAAAAAUCGGAAUGCCUUUUAUUGAAGAUGCAGUUAUAAAUGAAGCAUGGCUACCUAGGUCAGGUUCCUUUGUCCCAGUAGACCUGUAUUCAUGUAUUCGUAAGGCAUUACAUCCCAUUAAAGUCAAAGAAUAUGCAGUGAUGGAAUAUCCAACAAACAAUUUCGACGUGGAGGAAGAUGUUCAAUAUAUAUAUGUAAUUAUUAAAGGUAUUACAAAUAAAUCUGGAAUAUUGUUUUACAGUGUUUAUGCCGGUGAUAAGUUGAAUGAAUUAGAAUCCAUUCAUCAGGACAAAAUUCUUGAAAUUCAUACAGGAUGUUCUGAGAAUGAAACCAAUCAGGAUAGUAAAAAGUCGUCUUCAUCAUCGUUAUCUUCGUAUCGUUCGAGUUACCAAAGCACUUCCAAUUCUGCAAGAAGUUUUCAUCGAAGCGGAAAUUCAAAUCCUCAAAUCCAAUUGGGACGUAAGUUGCUCGAUCAAGCAAUAUAUGAUUACCAGACAGGUAUAGUUACCUUCGAUGGGAUUGAGAGCGACCCCUUCAAGGGUUAUAACUGGGUUUGCAUUCAGUGUCAACAGGCUGCAGAAAAGGCAAUUAAAGGUGCAAGAUAUGCCACAAAUGCUGACAUGUUUGUGCUUUCACACAGUCUGAUUGCUAAUCUACCCGAGGGUGAUAGUAAACUGAGAGAUUUAGCCCUACAAUUAGACAACAUCUGUGGCAACAUUAAUCGUAUGAGAUAUCCCGACUGCCAAGGCAUUCCAGCAGAAAAAUAUUGAAGAGCACUAGCUAAAACAGCUCUGCAAAUAUCAGAGGAAAUUGUUAAUUAUGUGUCAGAGAAAUAUUUUCCGGAAUAGAAUUUCCAUGGUUUGAAACUUAAACUACGAAUGAACAGUAUUAUAUGUGUUUGUAAUUUCUAUUAAAAAAUCAUAUUUGAAUGUUUGAUGAUAUAAAUAAAAGUAAUAACUUUACGAAGUGCCUUUAAAAAAGACAACACAUUAUAUGGCUAGACAAUUUUUAUUAAAUUUGAAAAUAGAAGGAACAACAUUCCUCACACAAGUAUUAAUGUACAUGUGUGUCUCUCGUAUCGUCAUUUUCAGUAACGAAACGUGUACUUAGUUGUGUAAGGACUGGAAUCCGAAAUCGUUUAUCAAAUGUUUAGUAAGAGAUGUGUGUAAUUGUGUUUAUGCAAAACUCGGUUAAAUUAUUUUUGACAGAAAAAUGUUGCCUACCGCGAGCUCUUUGCCGGGAUAUUCUUAUUUCAAAAUUUAAGGAGAUAGACUUUACUUCUUUUAUCAACUGUUGAGCAAAUUAUAGACAUGUGUUUUAAAUAACAAACUGACAAUAAAAAAAUAAAUGAAUCUACAUGUAAUCGAAUUUGUCAAAACCAACAAAUUUUGGAAAGCGGUCAUGGAACUUUGUUAAUUGCUAGUAUCUAGAUAUAGGAAGAUGUGGUGUGAGUGCCAUUUAAGAAUAUUUCAAAGUAAUUGAAAUUUUCUUUUAUAACAGAUUGAUCAUAAGCCUUUUGACACUGUUAGGAAAAAGUUAAAUAAAUUACUGUGUAAUGGAAUGUAUUACAGUAACAAUUGUAUAUGCACAGUUAUUACAUCUAUAUUGUUUGUCCUCCAUUUAUUGGUUUUAUGCAUUUUUGCCAUUUCUAAUAUCAUUGUAUCAGUAGUAUUUUUGAAAUAAUUUUGAAUAUUUUCCCAGUUCAUUAUGUAAAUGAAUUUACUUGUAUAACAGAUAACAUAGAAAAUCUGCUUAGUUUUAACAUUACUGUAUAUAUAUAUGCCAUAAUGAUCAACAGACCAUUAAAUCAAUUGAAUAUUUGUUU